CACAGCUCCCGGCUUCAGCCUCAGGCUCAUGAGGAUAGCAAUGUUCAGCUGACACAGUCGAUCGAAGCAGAAGCAAGGACCAGGCCUCGACAGGGCGAGCAGGUGGCAAUUGGUGAGAGAGGUGGCGCGCGGGAGGGCGGCUGCUUCCCUGGACGAUCAGUCUGCGGGGUGUUGUGGGGAAGGGCCCGCUUGGCGGUGAGAGCGGGGGCCAGCAUGGCGGUGGAGUCGUCGGCCGCGGGGGACCAGGAGCUGGUGACCAAGACGCUGCAGAUCGAGCACAAGCUGUUCUACCUGGACCUCAAGGAGAACCCGCGCGGGCGCUACCUCAAGAUCUCGGAGAAGACCUCCGGGGCGCGGUCCACCAUCAUUGUGCCCAUCGCGGGGGUCGUGUGGUUUGUGGAUUUGUUCAAUUACUAUGCCAACGGCGAUGACAACGACCUCUCCAGCAAGGAGCUGCAGCUGGACACCAAGGUGUUUUACUUUGACGUGGGCGAGAACCCGCGCGGGCGCUUCCUCAAGGUGUCGGAGGCCUCGGUGACCCGCAGCCGCAGCACCAUCAUUGUGCCGGCAGGGGCGAGCGGGGAGGAGGGCUGGGCCAGCUUCCGGAACGCGCUGGUGGAGGUGCACGAGGCCAGUCAAGCGCUGCCGCCACCCGCCGGGGGGCAGCCCCUGGGCCAGGACGUGGCCCCCUCGUUUGCCCCGGCCUCCCCGGCUGGCCCCCCUGCCCCUGCCAGCUCGGCAGCGGCGCCGGUGCAGGCGGGCGAUGGCGCGGCAGAUGGCGGCCUGAAUGCGGCGCGGGUGGUGCGCGCCGAGCAGAAAAAGUUCUUCUUUGACCUUGGCAGCAACGCGCGCGGCCAGUUCCUGCGCAUCUCCGAGGUGACGGGGGCGGACCGGUCAGCCAUCAUUCUGCCCGCGUCCAGCCUGGAGCAGUUCCACGAGACGCUGGGCCAGUUCGUGGAGAUGGUCAAGAGCGCCGGCAUCUCGUCAGGGGCCAGUGUCGCAAACGUGCGCACCAUCGCCCCCCCUCGGAAACGGGCGGACGGAGGGACUGCCUAGCGGCAGGCGGCCCGGUGUGGGCAGGAUGGGGGGCGGGCAUGGAGAGGCAGGUGUUCGCAAGGGUGGGGGCGGAGGCAGUGGCCCCGGGGAUCCAAUGUGGGGUGCUGAGUGCGGCGAGGGAGUGACGUGUGGGACUAGGGUCCAGGCUAGGUGUGACAAGUAGGGUUUGAGGUUGGAUAUGGUUUGGUGAGAGGUCGGGGGUGUUUGGUUUAUUUCAAGUGGUGUGUUUGCACGGAACGCCUGAUGAUGGCAACCUUGGAAAGGGCGGACGUUUAUGCCCAGGGGCGCAAUCAAUAGGUGUAUUGGUGUAGGUCGUGCUGGGGCCGACAAGCAGCAUCUGCCCAGUUUUGGCCAAAGGUGGAGCAAGCGAAAACCUGGAUGAGCAUAGGCGUGUGCGUUUGGUAUUCCCACAUCAAAUAAAGUGUAGCAAUCGUCUGUAAGAAGCGAAGUUGCUGCAACCCAAUACCGUAGUAGGUACACGCAGAAUCCCAAUAUCGUACAGUUUGAAGAGGCAUCCUUCAAUGCGAUUUAGGGGAAGUUUUGAGGAUUGAAGUGACGCCCAGUCAAGGUGUGUGCAAACGUCGUCUUCGACCCUCCUUCGACAAUGGCAUUUCGUUUUUUCGAGCUCAAUUCUUCUGGACUUCUUUGCAUGCA